UGUUGGUAAUGACAGCGGUUUAUAAUAAUUAUGAUGUUUAUUACUAUGCUUUGUGAUAAUACUAUUAAUUAAAACAAUAAUAACAAGGGACGUCUUAGUCAUCUAGUGCUGUUAUAACAGAAAUAGCACACGUGGAUGGCUUCAGCAGACAGAAGUUUAUUUUCUCACAGUCUAGUAGGCUAGAAGUCCAAAUUCAGGGCGUCAGCUCCAGGGUAAGGCUUUCUCUUACUGUUGGCUCUGGAGGGAGGCCCUUGUCAUCAAUCUUAUUCUGGCCUAGGAGCUUCUCAGUGCAGAAACCCCAGAUACAAAGGAUGUGCUAUUCUCCUGGCUCUUGCUUCUUGGUAUUAUGAGGUCCCCACAUCUCUCUCUUCAUUUCUCUCUUUUAUAUCUCAAAAGAGACUGGCUUAAGACAAUCUAAUCUUGUAGAUCUCAUCAACAUAACUGCUGCUGAUCCAUCUCAUUAACAUCAUAAUAAUAGGAUAUUUGCAAUACAUGGGAAAAUUAUAUCAGAUAACAAAAUGGUGGCCAUUUACAUAAUACUGGGAAUCAUGGCAUAGCCAAAUUGAUACAUAUUUUGGGGGGACACAAUUCAAUCCAUGACAAGCAAUAAGAACCUAAACGAUGGAACAUUUAAAUGGAAAUAAAAAUAUAAAGGACAGAUUUUGAGGAACAACUGAAAAUGAAAAAGCUUAGUUGAGUCAUGGGAUUGAACUCCUGGCCAGCUCCCUCAGCAGAGCAUGGCGAGCCAGGUCGCCAUCUCCUCUUGAGGUACAUCAAAUCUAUUCUUCCCUGAAUAUGAGUUUAUUAUACAUGGGCCACAAUGGUUGACUCUCUAGAACAGUGAAACUCAGAGUGUGAUCCCCAGACCUGCAACAGUAGCAUUUGAGAAAUGGUUAGAAAGAAAAAGUUUAAAGCCUUAGACCCCAAAUUCUGAAUUCAAUACUCUGAGGGUGUGACUUAACAAGUUCUUCAGCUGAUUCUGAUGAAAAGAGGAGUUUGAGAACCACUGCUCUAAAAACAUAGGUGUAGAGUUUGUUUUUGUGCUAGUUUGAAGGCUUUGGAAAAUUCCCAAGGAAAAAGCCAUGUAUUUUUUUCUACUUUAUUCCUGUUAGUUGGCACAAUGUGAAAAAAUAGUAGAUAUACAAUAAACACAAAGAUACUACCUAUUUGCUCAGAGAGUAAAGGAUCCUUAAAACCAGGGAGACCACUUGUGACUUUACUCAAGUGAAAGAUUUUUGGAAGAUGUGGUGAUGGAAGAGAGAGAAGAAUAGAGAGAAAACAGGAGGAAGGAAGGGAGAGAGGAUGGGACAGAGGCAGGUGAAGGGAGAAAAAGACGAAGAGGGAAAGGGAAAAGGAAAAGAAAAGGGAAGAGAGGGACAGAGAGAAGAAAGAUUUGUGGUAUUCACUUAGUUUCACAAUAUAGAUGCUAGAAUUUCUCUGAAAUACACAAUUCUUGUAAAUCUGUUAUAUGUUCUAUCACUUCUAUCAUCAGACUCAUCAACAACAUGGCAUCAGAAAACCAAACUGGUGUAGCAGCAUUCUUCCUCCUGGGGCUCUCAGAGGAUUCAGAAAUGCAGCCCCUCCUCUUUGGACUAUUCCUCACCUUGUACUUUGUCACUGUGUUGGGCAACCUGCUCAUUAUCCUGGCCAUCAGCUCAGACUCCCACCUCCACACCCCCAUGUACUUUUUCCUCUCCAACUUGUCCUUCACUGACAUCUGUUUCGGCACCACCACAGUCCCCAAGAUGCUGGUGAACAUCCAGACACAAAGCAAGUCCAUCAGUUACACAGGCUGCCUCACCCAGGUUUGCUUUGUUCUGAUGUUUGCAGGUGUAGAAAAUUUUCUCCUUGCAGCAAUGGCCUAUGACCGCUAUGUGGCCAUCUGCCAACCACUGAGGUACACAGUCAUCAUGAACUCUUACCUCUGUGGCCUGCUGAUUCUCCUCUCCUUGUUUAUUAGUUUGGUGGAUGCCCUGCUUCACAGUCUGAUGGUGCUGCGUCUGUCCUUCUGUGCAGACCUGGAAAUCCCUCACUUCUUCUGCGAACUUGUUCAGGUCAUCAAACUUGCCUGCUCCAAUACCCUCAUCAAUGACAUCCUGGUAUAUUUAAUAACUAGCGUAUUGGGCAGUGUUCCUCUCCUUGGGAUUAUUUUCUCUUACAUUAAAAUUGUCUCUUCCAUUCUGAGCAUGCCAUCAGCUGGGGGAAUGUAUAAAGCUUUCUCCACCUGUGGGUCUCACCUGUCAGUGGUUUUCUUAUUCUAUGGAACAUCUUUUGGAGUCUGCAUUAGUUCUGCAGUUACUCAUUCUUCCAAGAACUUAGCAGUAGCCUCAGUGAUGUACGCUGUGGUCCCUCCAAUGAUGAACCCCUUUAUCUACAGCCUGAGGAACAGAGACAUGAAGGGGGCCUUGCAGAAACUCUUCUGGAGAAUAUCUUCUUUUUCUUAGUUGUGUCAUCUGCCUUAGGCUUGUGCUUCUAAAAUGAGUCAAAGUGAAAGAACACUUGGUGAAUCAGAAUGUUAGAAUCUUCCAGUAACAAGUUUUUUUUACAUUGUGAUAAUUUUUUUGUUUAUUAUUAAUUUAAAAUAUUUUUUACAUAUGUGUAUGCAUAUUUACUUGCACACUUCUGUCCUCACAAUUUUUACUUUGAUAAUUUAGUACGUUAAAAUGUUGAUUUAUUGUUUUUAUUUUUGGUAGAUAUAUACAUUUAUCAAAACAUUUGCCAUUUAUACAUUUUUUUAUUGUACCUUUCAGUGACAUUUAUCACAUUCUUCAUGUUAUUCAACCAUCACCACUAUCCAUUUUCACAGCUUUUUCAUCACUCUUAACUCAGUGUCCCCUAAGCAAUGAGUCUCCCUUUCUUUUUUCGUCCUUAAUGGCCCUGGUAACCACUAAUAAACUUCUCACUUUAUACACUUGCUUAUUCUAGGUAUUUCAUAUAAGUGGGGCUGACAUUUCACUCAGCAUAAUGUUUUCAAGGUUCAUCUAUGUUGCAGUAUGUAUUAGGACUUUAUUUCUCUUUAUGGCUGAGUAGUAUUUCAUAGUAUGUAUGAUAUUUUGUGUAUCCAUUCAUCAGUUGAUGGACAUUUAGCCUGUUUCCACCUUAUAGCUAUAAUGAAUAGUGCAGCAACGAACAUUGAUAUACAAGUAUCUGUGUUUCUGCUUUCAAAUCUUUUGCUACAACCAUCGUAUACCAUAGUGAAUAACAGUAUUUCAACAUGGAAUCUAAAUUUGCUCUCCUCUAGCUUUGUGAUGUUUGAUUGGUUGCAUACUAUGACUGGUUUCCCUCAAGGUCACCAGAUGGCUUCGUCACUUACAGGCAUCAUAUCUCAGAAAGCUGACUAUGACUUCGUGUUUUUUGUUUUUUAAUGAAGAGGUGAUGCUUCCAAUGAGUCAUUAAGAAUACAUCAUUUCAUAGCUUAUACACCUGAAUUAGGAUGUACAAGCCCCUUAUUAAACUCUUCUUUUGUGAGGAGAAUGGGAUUAUUAUGGGUGCAUUUGA